UCCUCCGCGCUCCCAACCCAACCGCACCCCUGUUCCCAUGGAUAAAGUAGUAACGUUACCAACACGCCGAUAACCCAUGGACCUUACUAUAACUUCUUGAAUAACUUAUUAAUUUCUCGAUAGCAUCUACUAAAGAACAGUAGUCAUAGUGUCUUCGCAUUUUCAGGAUACCAUUUGUCAUAGCUUUUCAAGAAUCCUUUCGACUUGUAACUGUACAUGGUAGGUUAUUAGAAUGUUUUGCCGACAUCAGGUGUCGAGAACCACGAUAGCAAGGGGGUCAGCAUUGGAUCUGGAAAUACGACGACGGGGGCAUUUCAACACUCUUACGGACACGGCACAGGACGGUGAGGUGCAGCGUCAGAUAGACCGCGAGGUGCGGAUGCGUGAGGGGGCCAGUAAGCUGCUAGCUGCGUGCUCCCAGAGAGACCAGGCCCUGGAGGCCUCCAAGAGUCUGCUCACCUGCAACACCCGCAUCCUGGCCCUGCUCAGCCAGCUGCAGAGGAUGAGGGAGGCCCAGGUCCUGCAGAGAGUAGGCCACAGGUCCUGUAUUGGUGGGUCACUGGAUGAAAGGCUGCCCUGCAUGGGUAAUGUGGCCAUCUCAGACCUGCGUAUCCCACUCAUGUGGAAAGACUCGGAGUACUUCAAGAGCAAAGGAGAGCUGCAUCGCUGUGCUGUGUUCUGUCUGCUCCAGUGUGGCAGAGAGAUCUAUGACACAGACCUGGUGAUGGCGGACAGGACUUUGACUGACAUCUGCUUCGAGGACACCGUCAUAUUUAAGGAGGCGAGCCCGUGCUUUGAGAUCCGUGUGGAGCUGUACAGUACCUGUGUGGUGGAGGACUUCUGUCCGGGCCCAGGGGCACUAGGACCCAGGAGACAUAACCGCCUCAGCAGCUCCCUGGGCUGCACCUCUGGGAGGAGGAUCAGGGCAGCUCUAGAGUCUGCAGCCUGUGGUACCAUAUCCAACGUAGAGGGAGGUGAUGGACGAGGAGGGUCUCCACCACCUCUGCUGCCUGCUCUCUGUACAGAGGGGCCAAAGUAUCACCUUCUGGCCCACACCACACUGACAAUAGCACAUGUUCAGGACAGCUUCAGAACACACGACCUGUCCAUAUCAGCCACAGAGGACAGUGCAUUCUGGCUGCCUCUCUAUGGCAGUGUGUGUUGCCGUCUGGUAGCCCAGCCUCUCUGUAUGACCCAGCAGGUUAUCAGCGGCAGGAUCAAGCUUGAGAAGGAGCCUGAGUGCUGGACUGACAUCUACGGUGUCCUCAAAGGGACAAGUCUUAUCUGUUACCACAGUCAAGAGAGCAUGGUUGCCCAAGAGGAACCGUUAUUCACCAUCGCCAUCAACAAGGAGACCCGCAUACAUGUGUCCGAGAGAGGGCCUCUCCACCCUACCCAGAGUAUAUCCAUCAACACGCACACCCGAGGUGAAGAAGCUGUCACACACACUCUGGUCACACACACACCCCAGGACACACAACUCUGGAUGGAGGCCUUCAGGCAGCACUUCUAUGACAUGAGUCAGUGGAAACAGUGUUGUAAUGACCUGUUGAAGAUCGAGGUACCCUCUCCUAGGAAAUCCCAUUUGGUCACAGCGAAGCAGGGGUCGCUUUACCACGAAAUGGUCACUCCAUCUUCCCCAGGUGAGAGUGUGGUAAUCCAGGAUAACUCUGUGACUGCUGAAGUGUGGGCCUGCUCUCCUCUUACUGUAACCACAGUUGAAGGACCCUCCAUGAUUGCCAGGUUAUCCCAGUCAAGGGGACCAACAUCAGGCAACUGCAUCAUCCAGGACAGGAUCCACCUCUUACCAAACUCCAGCACCCCUCCACCCCCCAAUUGUACUCCUGCUCUUGGGAGUGAUGUGCAGUGACACCCACCUCUCCCAUGACACAGUGUCUCUGUACUGUACCUAUCCCUGUCCUAUAAUAGCACGAAACAGCCACAAGACCAAGCCACUCCUCUCCAGGAACACAUACAGGAACGCCACAUAUUGGGGGCUGCAAUCACACACUUUUGCUAAUUGUAGCAUUCCACACUCUUGAGUUAUUCUGGUAAUGCAGCCUUGACCUUUUCUAGUCCAGACUCAAUGUUUUAUAGGACACUUGGCUCUUCUCUUUACUUGUCUGAAGUCCAAACCCAAUCGGCUCUUAAAUGCAGUUAAUUGAUUUUAAAGGGUAAAAAUAUGUUGGUAUGAUUUUGGUACUUAGUCUUACUUUUAAUCUUUAGCCUUCUCUCUUCCUAUUUAUCCAGCAGCAGCAUACCACCCUGCAUCCCACUGCUGGCUUGCUUCUUAAGCUAAGCAGGGUUGGUCCUGGUCAGCCCCUGGAUGGGAGACCAGAUGCUGCUGGGAGUGGUGUUGGAGGGCCAGUAGGAGGCACUCUUUCCUCUGGUCUAAAAAAUAUCCAAUACCCCAGGGCUGUGAUUGGGGACUCUGCCCUGUGUAGGGUGCCGUCUUUUGGAUGGGACGUUAAACGGGUGUCCUGACUCUGAGGUCAUUAAAGAUCCCAUUGCACUUAUCGUAAGAGUAGGGGUGUUAACCCCGGUGUCCUGGCUAAAUUCCCAAUCUGGUCCUCAUACCAUCACGGCCACCUAAUCAUCCCCAGCUUACAAUUGGCUCAUUCAUCCCCCUCCUCUCCCCUGUAACUAUUCCCCAGGUCGUUGCUGUAAAUGAGAAUGUGUUCUCAGUCAACUUACCUAGUAAAAUAAAUACAUUUAAAUGAGACUGUUUUGUUUCUGACACAAAAAUUGAGGAUAAGAUAAUCAGUAUGAUUGCAAUGCGGAGCAUGUAACUCAAACUUGAGGAUGGCAAUAAAAACCUAAAACCCUUUA